AUGGCUCGAAAUGCUUUGAUCGUCCUAUUGGGCCUGACACUGCCAGCCCUGGGCGCAGUCCUGAGCGCUCCAGAACCGGUAUCCCAUUCUGUCAUCCAGAAGCGUGAUCUCUCUGGGUCAUCCUAUGUCUGGCUCAACGACAACACCGGUACUCCGCAACAUAUGGCUUCUGGUGUCUUACUCGGAAUUCCAAGCAACCCCGACCAGAUCCCUGACCAUUGGCUAUCUGACAUCAAGUUCUGGAACAUGAGAUCUGGUGGUUCGCAGUUGGCUGAGCCCCGCCGUGGAUGGACUCGAGGACUAAACGAGUUCAUGGCAAGUACCAAAUUAACCUAUGAAACCCCCUUACCUUCUGCAUACCAGGUCACACGCCGCCACGGGGGAAAUUUCCAAAUCAUGAUCCAUGAUAUGUGGGGGACCGAUUCGUAUCCGAAUUUCGCCGAGACGCCGAUGCCGGGUGACGGAGGAAGCUACGCAGACUUUGACAACUUCCUUGAUACGUUUUUUGCGCUGCUGAAACAAGAUGGCAUGGUCGACAACAUUUGGUGGGACCUUUGGAACGAAAUUGACAAUGUUGACUUCCUCGACCGAGGAAUAGACAGAUGGCUGGAGUACUGGGGUCAUGCGUACCACAAGAUCAUGAGGGAUUUCCCCAAUGCCAAGGUCAUUGGGCCGUCCUACGGUCAUCUGCCCAACUUUUCGCAAGGCGUCGAACACUAUUUCUCACGCUGGGCUGAGUUCAUAAAGUCCAACAACUCCAUCCCCGACCAGAUCAGUCUUCAUUUCCUUUACGGGAACGGGGACUUAACUACCUCGCUCAAUAGUUACCGUCAGUAUCUGAAUGCUGCUGGCGUCGACUUUCAGGGUAUCUGGAACGUCCAGGAGUACGGCCACCCGGAUCAGCAAGUUCCGUCCGGUCUCAUAUGGAACAUUGGCCAGCUGGAGCGACACAACGUGCCAGGUCUCCGGGCCAAUUGGCUAGGCGGUCAGGAACUCAACGACUAUCUAGCAUAUGUUCUCGGGAAGGACAAGACCGGUGCCAAUUAUGACAUGUAUGACACUAGUUAUCGGCCUGCUCGGGAGUAUCCGGUGUACGUCUACUAUGCCCAGAGCAUGACGGGGUAUCGUGUACGCACCGAGAUGUCCGAGGACACGCUUGUGGAUACGUACGCUACCGUCGAUCCCAACCAGCGAGUCGUGCGUAUCUUAGCUGGAUGUCGUCCGAACACUGGCGUCUGGUUUGUCAAGGUUGGCGGACUGAGCGCCCUUGGUCUUCCUGAGUCCGGAUCACUUCCUAUCAAAGCGAUCCGGUUCAACACAGCCCCGGGUCGGUUUGAUCGUGUCGCCGAACCUGACGAUCUCGGCUACACCAACUACAACUAUGGAGAUGGCAUCGUUACCGUUGCCGUCUAUCAGAAUGACCCAGACGUCGGCUUUGCUUUCGAGUUCUCGUACUGA